AUGGAUAAGGAGAUGGUGAUUAGAGAAAGGCUUAAAACUGCUCAGAGUUACCAAAAGUCUUAUGCGAAUGUGAGGCGAAAUGAGUUGAAGUUUGAAGCAAGUGAUUGGGUGUUCUUGAAGUGUGUAGGUGACCCUUUUUUGACAGUGCCUGUUGAGGACGUUGGUGUUACGGAUUCUUCAUCUUAUGAGGAAGUUUCAAUUGAAAUAUUAGAUAGACAGGUUUAUAGAUUGAGGACAAAGUACAUAGCUUCGAUGAAAGUUCUUUAUAGAAACCAAAAGGUGGAAGAAGCUACAUGGGAAGCUGAGGAAGAUGUGAAAGUCAAGUACUCGUUCUUGUUCCCUGCAUUGGAUGAAAAUACUUAA